AUGGAUUCCGGGGCGUCUUCCCCUGAGAAGCAGGAUAAGGAGAAUUUAGUGGGAAUCAACAAAAACCAGCUUGGCGUGUGUGGCUGGAUUCUAUUUUUGCUUUCUUUGCUGUUAGUGAUCAUUACCUUUCCCAUCUCCAUAUGGAUGUGCGUGAAGAUCAUUAAGGAAUAUGAACGGGCUGUUGUAUUCCGACUGGGGCGCAUCCAAGCUGGUAAAGCCAAGGGACCAGGUUUAAUCCUGGUCCUGCCUUGCAUAGAUGUAUUUGUCAAAGUUGAUCUCCGAACAGUUACCUGCAACAUUCCUCCACAAGAGAUCCUCACCAGAGACUCCGUGACUACACAGGUGGAUGGAGUCGUCUAUUACAGAAUCUACAGUGCUGUCUCCGCUGUGGCUAAUGUCCAUGAUGUCCACCAAGCCACAUUUCUGCUGGCACAGACCACUCUGAGAAAUGUCUUAGGGACACAGACCUUGUCUCAGAUCUUAGCUGGGCGGGAAGAGAUUGCCCACAGCAUCCAGACCUUACUCGAUGAUGCCACCGAACUCUGGGGAAUCCGAGUGGCCCGAGUAGAAAUCAAAGAUGUCCGGAUUCCUGUACAGCUGCAGAGAUCCAUGGCGGCUGAGGCUGAAGCCACCCGGGAGGCCAGAGCCAGGGUCCUUGCAGCAGAGGGAGAAAUGAAUGCUUCUAAAUCUCUGAAGUCAGCCUCCAUGGUGCUGGCAGAAUCCCCCAUAGCUCUGCAGCUGCGUUACCUACAGACCUUAACCACUGUGGCCACAGAGAAGAACUCCACCAUCGUGUUUCCUCUGCCCAUGAACAUACUGGAGGGCAUAGGUGGUGUCAGCUAUGAUAGCAACAAGAUAAUAACCAAGAAAUAUCCUUCAAGAGGAGAAUGUCAUGCCAAAAUACGAAGUGAUUUGUGUAAGUUCCCAUAA